UAAAACCUCUUCGACCUCUCUCUCUCUCUGGCUUCAUAGCUAAGUUUCUACGUUCUUCAGAAUGUUGACAACUAUGAGAUUCUCCACUUCUCCUAAAGUAGCUUUGGAAUUGAAAUACAAUCCAAACAUGCGUCUAGACAAAGCAAGUCAUUUAUCUUAUUACGAGAUUUUCCACUUUUCCUGAAGUAGCUUUUGGAAUUGAAAAGCAAUCCAAACAUGCGUCUAGACAAGGCAGACUUUGAUUUAAUACUUUGAUCAUAUGAGAGAGUGUGUUUCAUCCGUAAUGUAGUUGCUAGUUGCAAGUUCACAGCAAAACCUAGCGACCCAGUUUCAGCUACGGUCGCCGCCGCAUCCGCCGCCGCCAUCAGCACAAAAACUAUGUUUUCAGCGGCGCGUAUCCUCCUACCGGUGUCACUGUCAGUGCUGGUCUUAAUUUAUAAGUACUUCAGAUCCGGACGGGAAUCGGAACCUUCUGAAGGUGUCGAUCCUGAAAUCCUUCAUUGGAUUCGGACACUCGACCCCGCCGUGCUCAAUAGGAUUAGGAAUGGCGACCCUGCCCUCCUCGAAGUGAUUCGGAACUUGGACCCUGCUUUCCCUUCGGAAUUUUCUGGAAGCGUCGACGGUCCUCUAAAUCCGCCGUCUGUUCCGUCUCCUGCGCCGGGAAGUUCAGAAAAUAGAAGUGGGUCUAACCUCACCUUAGCUGCCUCUUCCGCUGCUCAAAGUCAAGUAUCUGCGUCAAAAGGCCUCCAGAAAAAGAAAAGUCUGGUAAAGGCUGGACAUUAUCAGAAAAAAGAGUCAUCUAUCCCACAACCCAGGCAUGGAGAUAAUACCGGAGUGCGUAAGGAACAGGAGAUAAAGCAAGAAUCUAUUUCUUUGUCUGCUGAAGCAGCUGCAGCUCAGGAAGCAUGUGAAAAUUGGCGACUAAGGGGAAACCAAGCGUACAAAAAUGGGGAUAUGUCUAAAGCUGAGGACUGCUACACACAAGGAGUGAAUUGCGUUUCUACAAAUGUGACAUCUAGAAGCUCUCUUAGGGCAUUGAUGCUGUGCUAUAGCAACCGUGCAGCAACACGUAUGGCUCUUGGAAGAAUAAGAGAUGCACUUGGGGACUGUAUGAUGGCUACUGCAAUUGAUCCCAACUUCCUCAAAGUGCAGGUUAGAGCUUCCAAAUGUUAUCUUGCUCUUGGGGAAGUUGAAGAUGCUUCACAACAUUUUAGGAGGUGCCUGCAAUUAGCAAAUGAUAUCUGUUUGGACCGAAAGAUUGCAAAAGAAGCUUCUGAUGGCUUACAAAAAGCACAGGAAGUGUCUGAAUGCCUGAAUCAUUGUGCUGAACUUUUGCCAUGGAAAACAUCUACGAAUGCCGAGCGUGCUAUACAACUUAUUGAUGAAGGUUUGGUAAUAAGUCCUAGCUCAGAAAAAUUACUUGAAAUGAAAGCAGAGGCUCUUUUUGCGCAGGUGCGGAGGUAUGAAGAGGUGAUUGAGCUGUGUGCGCAGACCCUGAGUUCUGUGGAAAAGAACAACCUUCCAGCAGAUGACCAGGUCUCUGCAGAUAAUUCCGAACUCUCAAAGUACUUUUACUUCAGACUCUGGCGGUGCCGUAUGAUUUUUAAAUCCUAUUUUUAUCUUGGAAAACUAGAGGAGGGUCUUGCUACACUAGAUAAACAUGAGGAAAAGAUGUCUACCUCAUAUAGGAAUCGGAGAACAACUCUGCAAUCAUCAGAACCCCUUGUUCUCGUUGUACGUAAACUUCUGUCUCAUAAGGUUGCAGGGAAUGAAUCAUUUCAGGCUGGAAGACAUACUGAAGCUGUUGAGCAUUAUACUACUGCUUUGUGCUGCAAUGUUGAAUCACGUCCAUUUACAGCUGUUUGUUUUUGCAAUCGUGCUGCUGCAUACAAAGCAUUGGGCCGGAUUACUGAUGCUAUUGCUGAUUGCAGUUUAGCUAUAGCUCUUGAUGGAAAUUAUCUAAAGGCUAUUUCUGGAAGAGCCUCAUUAUACAAGAUGAUCAGAUAUUAUGGAGAAGCCGCUAAAGAUCUUCGGAGACUGGUAUCUAUUCUCACUAAGCAGGAAGAGGAAAAAAUUUAUCUGUGUAGAACAUCUGACAGAUCCAUUAGCGGCACAAAUGUCCUGACACAAGCUCGUCUUCAUCUUUCUAAAAUAGAAGAAAAGGACAGAAAGGACAUCCCCUUGGAUAUGUACCUUAUUCUGGGAGUUGAACCAUCUGUUUCGGCAUCAGAAAUCAAGAAGGCCUAUCUGAAAGCUGCACUUCGACAUCAUCCUGACAAGGCUGGUCAAUUCUUUUCAAGGAGCGAUAAUGGGUGUUGGAAGGAGAUAGCAGAAGAAGUGCACAAGGAUGCUGACAGGCUUUUUAAAAUGAUUGGGGAGGCAUAUGCAGUACUUUCAGACCCAACCAAGCGUGCAAGGUAUGGCACCGAAGAGGAGAUGAGGAAUGCACAAAAGAAACGCAGUGGAAGCAGCACAUCUUGAAUGCCAGCAGAUGUUCAAAAGAAGUAGCAGUAGGCGACAAUGGGGAGAGGUUCCGGGAUCAUAUGGCAACUCAUCUUCUAGAGGGUCAGAAGCAGCACGGUCAAGUAGAUAUUCUUGAAGACAUGCCUGAUUAGAACCUUGAUUCUUCAGAAGAGGUUUUGAAUGGAAUGAGGUUGGAAGAUGGAUUUAUUGCAUUGCUAUAUGUGUAGCUUCACUUCAAGGAUGAACCGACGUGCGGUUGAUUCAGCUUGCAUCUCAAUGGUAGUGACCUCCCAAGUUUGAAUGCAUCCUGAAUUUAAAUAGUUUGUAAAUAAGUUGUCUAACGGGCUUAACAAGGUUCAAAAGAGAGUUAUGAAUACUAUUACUAUUGGUAACAAUAACAUAAACAGCAGCGAUGAAUUACAAA